CUCUUUAAAUAACGAAGCGCCACCUCUGCCUCAACCGCACCAAGCCCGGUGUUGAGACGAGCGAGUCCAUCUGAGCUCUAAACAAACAAACAAACAAGAGAAAAAGAGGAGGGAACGAAGAGAAAAAGAAAAGGAAAAAAGAGUUAUCGUUGUUGAUCUGAUAAUUUGAGUUUUCUAUGGCGUCCGAAUUGAUUUUCAGAGGGCACGAUGACGAGGGACAUCAUAUGGCAGAUGAGUACUCACCAAAACCACCGAAACGGUGGCUAUCUGUGACUCGUCCGAUUCGCUACGUCCUUCGUGAACAGCGUCUCGUCUUUGUCCUUGUCGGCAUUGCUAUCGCUACACUUUUCUUCACCGUCAUCCCUUCGUCAUCACCACCACCUAGGUCAACAUACAUCAACUACGACAAAUACGACCCGAUCUCUAACCCGCUCUCUCAUUUCGACUCAGUGCCAGCUAGGCACAGAUACUACGAGCCACUAGUGACUGGGUCAAUGAAUUCGGGCGGUAAGAUUCCGUUAGGUCUAAAACGGAAAGGAUUAAGAAUCGUGGUAACGGGUGGGGCAGGGUUCGUUGGGUCCCAUUUAGUGGACCGUUUAAUUGAGAGAGGUGAUAGUGUGAUGGUGGUAGACAAUUUCUUCACGGGAAGAAAAGAGAACGUGAUGCAUCAUUUUAAGAACCCGAGAUUUGAGUUAAUCCGACAUGACGUCGUUGAACCUCUUCUGUUAGAGGUUGACCAGAUCUAUCACUUAGCUUGCCCUGCAUCGCCUGUGCAUUAUAAGCAUAAUCCGGUCAAAACUAUUAAGACCAAUGUAGUUGGGACUUUGAAUAUGUUGGGGUUGGCUAAAAGAGUCGGUGCUAGAUUCUUGCUUACAAGUACUAGUGAGGUUUAUGGCGAUCCACUUCAACACCCUCAGGUCGAGACUUACUGGGGCAACGUUAAUCCAAUCGGUGUCCGAAGUUGUUACGAUGAGGGAAAGAGGACAGCUGAGACUUUGACAAUGGAUUACCACAGAGGAGCAGAUGUUGAGGUCAGGAUUGCCAGAAUUUUCAAUACCUAUGGGCCCCGAAUGUGCAUUGACGACGGCCGUGUCGUCAGUAAUUUUGUUGCUCAGGCAUUGAGGAAGGAGCCUUUGACUGUUUAUGGUGAUGGGAAGCAGACAAGGAGUUUCCAAUAUGUUUCUGAUUUGGUCGAAGGUCUGAUGCGCCUUAUGGAAGGGGAACAUGUGGGGCCUUUCAAUCUUGGUAAUCCUGGUGAAUUCACCAUGCUUGAGCUUGCCCAGGUGGUCCAAGAAACCAUUGAUCCAAAUGCAAGAAUAGAGUUCAGGCCUAACACAGAAGAUGACCCACACAAGAGGAAGCCUGACAUUACAAGAGCAAAGGAACAACUUGGUUGGGAACCCAAGAUAUCCCUUAGGAAGGGUCUUCCACUAAUGGUAUCAGAUUUCAGGCAACGCAUAUUUGGUGACCACAAGGACGAUAGCAGCACCAGCACUGUGUCAACAGCUUAAGUUGGCAUAUUUCUUUUUCUUGUAUUGAGCAGCAGCAGCAGCAGAAAGAUAAUUAUUUGGCAGAUAACCAAUUUGUCUGUGGGCUUAUGGCAGCAACAAUAUAGCGCAAUGGUGGCAACAGCAGUAGCAGCAAAUGACCUCCUUUAUUCUAUAAGAAUGAACAUGAUGUUUCACAGUCAGCUUCUUAAUAUCCACAUCUUUAAUUUUUUGUUUUUUCUUUCUGUAACUUUUUCCUUCAAAGGGUAAUAGACGGCGAACCUUGCAAUUGAAACUACUUUUACUCUAAUUUUGAUGCCAUUGAUAUAUCUAUAUACUGCUCCAAUGUAUCAGUUUAUAUCAAAUAUAUACUACGAAUUUUCAUGCA